AUGAGCAAGACGAUGACCAAGUUCUGGAUGGAAUCGAAAAUCUCAGGGGCCAGUCGUUGGCACUCGAGCCACGAGGGGGACUUUCGCACGGAGGACCGAUUGGCCGACCACUUUGUGGGGAAAUUGCGAGACCAAUGUCGUCAUGAAGUGAGCAACGUGGCUAUUAUGGUGCGCUUCACUCGCAUGCUCAAGGAGCAACUCGAGUCGUAUGAGAGCCAAGCCAACAUGCUCUUAAAGCUGGCGGACACGGGAAGAGUCGUGGUUCUGCUGCACAAGCACGUCGACAUCGCUCUGGAUACGCUGGACAUUCUCGACCCUGAAGUGCGAGAGGAAUGGCACAACCACCUCCUAAUAGAACGUCAAGAGCGACUCGAAGUUUUCGAGAAGUUUGUGAAGGAAGAAGAGCAGUUAGUCGCUGCACUGGGCGACAAGAACCAGCAACUGGAGAUCGUAACACUGCUUCGCUACUGCGUUGAGAAGUAUCAUGAUGGACUCACGAAGUUUGCCGGGAAGGAUGAUAAGUACCGAGACAAGUUGAUGGCGGAGGAGCUGGACACCAUCUCGAUGGUGUAUGACUUGGUUGUCCAGAAGGCGGGUGUUGUGUCAGGCGAGUUGCCGGACUGGUUCGUCACGUCGGAGCACGAGUGGGCGUGGGUGAACAAGGCCAAGCUGGAAGACAGCAAGGAAGCGUGGGACGCCAGAGCACGGGAGAAGUAUAUCGAUGGGAAUCUGAGUGAAGAAGUUCAUGGGGAACUCAACCACCCUCAUCUGCGCAAAUUCUACGGCGCGUCCUACGUCGGCAAGCCGUUUGUUAUUCACGAAACCUGCUUCCCGCCUACCUACGAGAAGGAUGUGUGGCGUUAUGUGUCAAACUGUGCGCUUGGUCUCCAGUACGUUCAUGAUCGCGGGCUUGUGUACUUCAACAUAUCACCGUCGACGUUCCUCUCGAGUUACUCGGAACGACGCGGAGUUGUGGAUGGACUUGGGCUAGUCCCAAGGCACGAUGCCGAUCGGUCGUAUUGCCUAAGACGUGGCUCCGAGUCUUCAGUGAGCCACGACAAGCUCAGGUUUGGCCUCGCUGUGUUUUUCCUGCUUGCUAGCUCUCGCAACUCGAAUUUACCGUCGGACGAACGUGACAAGACUUUGGAUACGUGGAAAUAUGAAUCUACCUCGGAGCUUCCUGGAGUCCGACCGGGUUUCAUCAACGAGGAAGAAUGGGAGAUAUUGCGGGGCCUGUGCGCUAAGAACCCCACAGAGAGACUUGGGCUCGUCGACGCCGGGUAUCGAAUGAAAGUGUUGGUGUCAAAUAGCGAGAUCUGCGCGAGCACUGAGCUCGAUCAAUCCUCCCAAGAACGCAUAGUCCUGAGUGACUACAAGUACUCGCUAAGUAAUUCGAUGACCCCGGCAGAGAUGCUCGAUGAAUGCGAGAGAGCAUGCGAAGACAUUGACGACCCGCACGAACGAGCGAUGGAUGAGCAUGUGCUCAUGCGUUUCAAAGGCAUGUUCGCGCAACUCGAGAAGUCCCCCAUGGAGCUCACACGGAAGCUGUUGGAAGAUUUUUGCGCCUUACUUUGGCGAUUCCUUAAGCAUGCCGACAAAGAUGACUUAGACGAGUGCACUACCAGCACUUCGCAAGCUGUGUCGCGAACUGUAGCCAACAUGAGAUCCAAGUAUCACUACCAGAUCGACCAGCUGAUACGAAGCUCCCCGCUGCUCCAGCCAAGUGGCAACGAUUCGUGCCACCAGUGGCACCCUACAUGGGAGCAGGACCACGAGCACCAGUAUGCGUUGUUCCAGGCGUGCUCAGACAGCCCGGAAAGGUUUCUCGAGGAAGUCACCAAAGAGCACUGGCCAGAGGAGGCGUUGGCAUUUAUGCGCUUUGAAGUGCACAAUCGCGCUGGGGCAUACGCUCCCGAUACUGUGAAGAAGAUGAAGCUGGUGCUUCAGCAAGCUGCAAGUCGCGCGAAAGGAAUGCGGCAGGGCAAUCUUGGCGAGCCACUCCCGAAAUGGUUUGUGAUGAAUUACCAGGUGGAACUGGGAGACUACUUCAGCAAGGGCGGGUUCGCUUCUGUGCACUACGGCAAAUGGUUCGGGACCGAUGUCGUCGUGAAGUUGCUCAAUAGUGCCGGGGAUCGAGAGAAAUUCCGCAAGGAAGCCGACUUGUGGUUCAACUUGAAUCACUCCAACUUGAUCAAGCUGUACGGCGCAUGCUACGAGGGUCAGCAACCCUUCUUCGUUUGCGAGCGCGCAACACGCCAGACACUCGUCGAGUAUCUGGAGCCGACCAAAGGAAGACGUCACGAGACGUGGUUUCGGCUGCUCCAGGCUGCUCUCGGACUCCAGCAUCUCCACGACAACAGCAUUGUGCACGGUGACCUGAAAGGGAACAACAUCCUCGUUUGCGACGGAGGAGCGACAAAGAUUGCCGAUUUCGGGCUGAGCAUUCUUGCGACUCCCUCGUCCACAACCGAAAAAAUCGAGACGACCGGUGCUGUGCGAUGGAAGGCGCCCGAGUGCUUAGAAGGUAAACGUCCUACCUUUGCCUCGGACAUUUACGCGUUUGGUAUGUGCAUCUUCGAGGCUGUGGCUGGGAAGUACCCAUGGGGCACCAUUCCGGACACAGCGGUAGAGCAUAAAGUAAAGACAGGAGAGAUGUGUGCCCGUCCUGCCGACAAGUUCCAAGAUUAUGAGUGGGAAUUGGUCGAGCGGAUGUGCCGCUCGGAUCCCAAAAAGCGCAUUGGUAUCGGCGCUGUGAUCAAGAUCCUGGAGGAUAUCGGCGUCAGGAAGUUGAUGACCUCCGCAGGAAUGAUUGGCCCGACAACAGUUGAUCGGAAGGUACCUUCGUAG